UCCUGCCUUAGAUAUUACAAUGAAUUUACUGACGGCAAAUGAUGGUUUGCCGAACUUUCCGUCUUUGGGUGGUCGAUAUAAUUUUCGAAGGGCCAACUUUCCUGGCAUGUAUGAUAAACUACUUUACACGGAUUGGUCUUUUCUAAAUGUGGAGGUUAAUGCGGAUGAUGCUUUGCGAGCUUUUUAUAAAAAGUUGUAUGAGAUUUUGGAUUUAUUUGUUCCUAAGAGAUUGAGUCGGGGAUCCUCAUACCCUAUUUGGUACACCCCAGAAAUUAAGCGGCUAUUAAAGUUGAAAGAGUAUUAUAGGAGGAAGUGGAGGAGAAGCAAUAGUGCUUUCUAUUCAGCGGAAUAUAAAAGACUGAGAUGUUUGACUAAACAGAAAAUCUCUGAUGCGUAUACUUCCUUUACUAUUAGUGCUGAACAAUCGCUUAGUUCUGAUCCCCGUAACUUUUGGAAUUAUAUAAGACAGAAAACAACGACCUCUCGACUUCCUGGAAAAAUGAUGCGUGAUAAGUCCACCUACACUGAUCCUGAAAAAAUAGUUAAUGCUUUUGCAGAUCAAUUCUCUGGAGUAUAUUCUGGUGUCUCUGCUUAUAACAUGGUUGAUAACAGAUUAUUUACAAGAUGAUUUAUCCACAGGUUCAGUCAUUUGUGUCACCAUAUCAGCAUGGGUUUAUCAAGCGUCGUUCG